AUGGCCAAGGAAGGAGCCGAGAAAGCCGAGGAGACGGAGCAGAUGAUCGAGAAGGAGGCGGCGGAAGGAGGCACGGCCGCCGGCGGCAGCCCGAGAGCGGCGGACGCCAAGGAGAUGCGAGCCGUGGUGCUGUCCGCCUUCGGCGGGCUGAACAAGCUGCGGGUCUCCAAGAAAGUCAUGCCGGAGCCUCAGGAAGGGGAGCUCAAGAUCCGAGUGAAAGCCUGUGGAUUAAAUUUUAUUGAUCUGAUGGUUCGGCAAGGUAAUAUUGACAACCCACCCAAAACCCCACUGGUACCUGGAUUUGAAUGCUCUGGAAUUGUAGAAGCUCUGGGUGAAAAUGUGAAAGGUUAUGAGAUUGGAGACAGGGUCAUGGCUUUUGUCAACUACAACGCCUGGGCAGAAGUUGUGUGCACGCCUUUGGAAUUUGUGUACAAGAUCCCUGAUGAUAUGAGCUUUUCAGAAGCUGCUGCUUUUCCUAUGAACUUUGUCACUGCCUACAUGAUGCUCUUUGAGGUCGCCAACUUGCGAGAAGGCAUGUCGGUGCUGGUUCACUCUGCAGGAGGCGGGGUGGGCCAAGCUGUGGCACAGCUCUGUUCGACUGUCCCCAACGUUACCGUAUUCGGAACAGCUUCCUCCUUCAAGCAUGAGGCGAUCAAAGAUUCAGUGACUCACCUCUUUGACCGGAAUGCAGACUACGUCCAAGAAGUCAAAAAAAUCUCUGCAGAUGGUGUAGACAUUGUUCUGGAUUGCCUUUGUGGGGAAAACACAGGGAAAGGCCUCGGUCUUCUCAAGCCCCUUGGGACUUAUAUUUUAUACGGAUCAUCAAAUAUGGUUACCGGGGAAACCAAAAGUUUCUUCAGCUUUGCAAAAUCAUGGUGGCAAGUGGAGAAAGUCAACCCAAUCAAGCUAUAUGAAGAGAACAAAGUUAUGGCGGGAUUUUCUCUCUUAAACCUGCUUUUCAAACAAGGCCGAAGUGGCCUGAUUCACAAUGUAAUGGACAAACUCAUAACACUGUACAACGAGAAGAAGAUCAAGCCACGAGUUGAUUCAUUAUGGGCACUGGAAGAGGUGAAAGAAGCAAUGCAAAGAAUCCAUGACAGAGGCAAUAUAGGUAAAUUAAUUCUGGAUGUGGAGAAGACACCAACUCCAUUGAUGGCCAACGACAGCACAGAAACCAGUGAAGCAGGUGAAGAAGAAGAAGACCACGAAGGGGACAAUGAGAAUAAAGAGCGUAUACCAUUCAUCCAGCAAUAG